CCGCAACGGUGCUGGAGGACAGCGAGAUCAACACAGGGCUCUCCUGCCUGAGCUGGCCUCAGUGCUGGGUGAUACCGCAAAGAGUGUGACAGCCCUCCAGACAGCCGCCCCAGAAGAUGGAAGACAAAACACUGAGUGACUUCCUUGAAGUGGAGAACCUUACCAGUUCUGGGGAGGAGAGACUUGAAUGUGAUUUGAAGACCUUUUGGACACAGUUGGGAGGUAGAAGAGUGGAUGCCAUAUUUGAGCAGGUGCAAAAUGUGCUGCUUUUGCUAAAGGAAAAGAUCAAGAAUGGAACUGCCACAAACCAAGAAUGCUGGCAAGCUUGGGCACUGGUGAAUGAAGCUAAUGUAGGUGAUCUCUUAACCUUGACAAAUGUAAGUGAUGUGUUUGACAGAGAUGGCAUACAGGAAACCAAACCCAAACUGCAGCCUCUUCUUACAGAUGACAACACUGCAAAGUCUGUAGAAGGUUCUCAAAGCAGAAACAAGGAGGUGGAAAAAACAGGUUCAGGGAGUAAAGAAGCAUCUAGUAAAAUUCAAGAUUUACCUUCACACCUGCAGUAUCAGAACCACAAGUGCUCUAGUGCAUGUCUUGCCAACAGAGCAGCAGGCUUCUACAAGGGGGAAAAUCCUCUUAAGAUACCGAUCCUGUUUCGCUUCCAAAGACGCCAUGCAAAAGCAGACUGCCUUUCCAAAUCACUGGAUGUGAAUUACAAAGCUCCAUGCGGUCGGAGUCUAAGAAGCUUUCAAGAUGUACAAAAUUAUUUGUUUGAAACUGAGUGCAAUUUCUUAUUUGUUGAUUAUUUCUCCUUCAACACAUAUGUACUGUUGGGCAGGAACACUGUAAAUCCAGAACCCCUUGUGUUUGAUUCUGAUAUUAGCCAUGGAGCCGAGUCUGUGCCUGUUUCCUUCUGCAACGAUAUUGACUGUGCAAGGUUACCUUAUUUCAAAUAUCGGAGGGCAUCGUGGCCACGUGGAUAUUACCUCAACAACUUAUCCAACAUGUUUGUUGAUUCAUGUGGCUGCACAGAUGGCUGCAUUGAUAGGUCAAAAUGUGCAUGCCUACAGCUAACUGCAAGAGGCUGUAGUAAAACUUCUUUAUCUCCAAGUGGUAAAACAUCCUAUGGAUACAGUUACAAAAGACUAGAGCGACCUGUUCCUAGUGGAAUUUAUGAGUGUAGUGUGUUGUGCAGGUGUGACAAGAUGAUGUGUCAGAACAGAGUUGUACAGCAUGGCAUUCAAGUCAGGUUGCAAGUGUUCAACACGGAGAAGAAAGGCUGGGGCGUCCGCUGCCUAGAUGAUAUCGACAAGGGGACUUUUGUCUGUACUUACUCAGGCAGAUUAAUGAGCAGAGCUGAAGUUCAAGUACUGGGAGAUGCUGGUCAAGAGCUGAAAGAAAAGAAUGCUGUGAAUAACAGAGGCCAUGGCUUUUUUUCCAAAAAAAGAAAACUUGACACUGAUUGUUCAAACUCUGUGAUUGAACUAGUGCAGACUGGCAAAAAUGACAUUCCUGAGAAGCAAGGAUCUUUGUCUCAGAUUGUGGAUAAUGAAAAUAAAUCAACCGUGGUUCAUCCAAGGAAUUUAAGCCUUGACACUGCAAGAAGGCCUGGAACUAGAACAGUUAUUUUUCAUAAUCACAGGCAAAAAAAGGUGGAAAUUGAUACAAUGGUGGACAGUGCCACCUCAGAUGAAGAUAAUAGUUCUCAGAUUCAUCAGUCAAGCAAAACAAAACUAACCAGUGGAUCAAAAACAGGAAAAGAAAAAUCCGCUCAACAGCAAAAGGAAGCACAUCCAGUGGAAACUGGACAGACUGAGUCUGCUGAUGUGGACAGUGCAGAAUGCAAAAGAAAGAAUGUGUCUCUGCAGGGUGCUGAUUGUGGCAAGUCAGGUGUGCUGGAUGACAUGUGUGUUAUGAGGCCAUUCAAAAACGUACCACUAAAGGCUGACUGCAAAAAGGAAAAUCACAGGCAGUCGAAAGACCCAUUUUGUGAGGAGGCUGAUGGUGACAGGAUGCAUCUGAAAAAUGCUAAUGAAGGAAAUAUUUAUGUACUGGAUGCCACAAAAGAAGGAAAUGUGGGUCGUUUUCUUAAUCACAGCUGCUCCCCAAAUCUCUUUGCACAGUGCAUUUUUGUAGAGACUCACAACAGAAGUUUCCCAUGGGUGGCGUUCUUCACAAACAGGCAUGUGAAAGCUGGAACUGAACUCACAUGGGAUUAUGGUUAUGAAGCUGGAAGCAUGCCAGAGAUAGAGAUUUCCUGUGAGUGUGGAGUUCAGAAGUGCAGGAAAAAAACCCUAUAGGCAAAGCUUUAUUACUGCCAACACAUGUACUGGAGAUCAAUAUGCUCGAAGGACUACUGCACAGUGAACAAUACAAUUCAGUCUGUGGAGCUAAUUACGUUCAAUUAAAAUGCCUUUCACCUGAUCAUUUUUUUAAAUUUAUAUUUAAAUGACACUUUUCUAGUUUACAGAAUUUGAACUGUUUGUCAUAACAACAGGCAUCAAAAUUUUCCUA